AUGUCGCACUUCUUUCACAAGCCGGAAAACGCGUUAAAGCGUGCACGCGAGCUACUAGCAAUUCCGAAUGUGGAUGCCGGUGUACUUAAGCGUACUAAGCACUCCGCGCUUGAGAUUUUGCACGAUGCGCUGAUAGCCAAAAAGAAUCGCACAUGGCAGCCCACACACGAGGAGCUCAUGAUUUUGUAUCUGGAAAUCUGUCUGGAACUGCAGAUGGGUCGCGUGGCUAAGGACGGGCUGCAUCAGUAUCGCAAUUUGUGCAUUCAGCACAAUCCUGCAUCACUGGAAACUGUUAUUAAACACUUUGUUACUCAUGCAGAACGCAAGCUUGCCGCCGCUAAGAAGGAAAGCAACGAACUCAAUAUUUUAGCUGCCGCUAAGGUGGAUUUGGAUGCUGCCCAAACACCUGAGGAUGUGAUGCUAUCAACCACAACGUUUGAAGGGUCUAGCGAUCGUACUGACCGCGAGGUGGUUGUCCCUUGGCUUCGUUUUAUGUGGGAGACAUACCGCACAGUGCUGGACAUCCUUAAGAGCAAUACGAAACUUGAGCCAUUGUACAUGGUUACGGCCAUACAAGCGUUUGACUUCUGCGUCGAAUAUCAGCGCAAAAUCGAGUUUCGUCGUGUGUGCGAAAUCAUGCGCAACCAUUUGAGCUCGCUACAGAAGCAUACUGCCACACCUACAAGUCAGUCAACUCGGCAGAUGCGAAGUUGGGACGGCUUCACACUGGAUAGUGUUGAACGUCUUUUGGAAGUGCGCUACCGUCAGCUGCAGGUCGCCACUGACCUUGAGCUGUUCUCAGAGGCUUUCCGCACGAUAGAUGACAUUAAUAACAUUAUGAACCUGGUUGAGCAGACCCCGCGCGUGGAUCUACUUGUUACGUAUUAUGAAAAGCUAGCACAGAUAUUUCAAGUGUCGAAAAACCAUCUUUUUCAUGCUCAUGCGCUUUACAAGUGGUACUCGUUGCGUGUUGCGGGUCUGCAGGGCCUUGCCGGCCCUCAAGCCUUGCAGGGGUUUCCCGCGCUAGUCUCAGAGGAGGAACAAAAAGGAAUGGCUACUCGCGUCGUGCUCGCUGCUCUGUCCAUUCCACUUUUGGAGUUUGAAUCCUCCUCGUCUGUUCUUGGAGAUGAAGUAUCCACUUCGGCGUCUCAAAUUGCAGACAACUCGUUGUCCUCCGCCGCUCGUGACAAGAAUGCCCGGAUGGCGGCAUUGUUGGGAUUUGCGACUACGCCGACGCGUGGCACUUUGCUGGAAGACAUUACGGCUGCUGGUAUCCUAGUAAAGGCUUCUACCGCUGCCAGUGAAAUCUUUCAGCGUGUAGAGCUUCAGGAGCUAGACCCUUUGCAGAUCGUUAAGCAGCUGGGGCCAUUUUUGACUACGAUUCGCGCUGAUCCACUUGCGAAGGCUUACAUCAAUGGAGUUGAGCGUCUUGUGGUGCGUCGCGUACUGUUCCAGCUUACUCGCGUGUAUGCAAGCGUAACAAUUGCUCACUUGCGCUCCAUCUUUGUUGGUCUCGAUGUAUCGUAUGAAGAGAUUGAAUCACUGAUUGCCCGUUCGCGCAGUUUGAGUACAGUCGCACACGCCAGUGCCCCAAGCCUGUCCAGUAUGUACCGCCGCAAUGUGACACAACACGGCAGCAACAAUGCUGAAAACUCCUCUGCUGAUGCUGUGGCUUCAGCACAAAUGCGCACAACAAUUCGUAUUGAUCAUGUGGGACAGUGCAUUCGAUUCACUGACGCAGUUGAUUUGGAAGCGAAUGCCGCUCAACUUUGUUUAUUAGGUGAGCGUUUAACCAAUGUCAUGUCCAAAGUCCCUGCUACUGUUUCGGCUUCUAUUGCUGCUCGUGAUGAGCAUACAAAAAAACUCUUUGCAGCUUCUCGCGGCCGUCUGCAGCAGCAGCGAUCUGAGAUGCUCGCACGCCGUGAGAUCAUUGAGCGCAAAAAAGAGGAGCUCGAGAAUCUGCAGCACGAAAAAUUGCAAUCGUUCGAAAAAAAGCGCCACGAGUUUGCACAACGUCGCGCUGAGCUUGAGAGAGAGCGCCUGGCUCAAGAAGCCCGCCGCCGUGAGGUGGAAAAAAAGCUUAAAAUCCAGGAUGAGAUUAAGCUGAAGGAGACUCGCCAGAUGCUAGACAAGUUGGGUCACACGGAUGUGAGUGAUUUGGACCUCGCUACUAUUGACAAGGAUAAGAUCCUUAACGAAGCUAAAGAAAAGGCGCGCAAGGCGAAAGAGCUUGCUCAACAAAAAUUACGCGAAAAUGCCCGACGUCUAGAUUAUAUUGUACGUGCUACCCGUGAGGAAGAGCAACCUAUUUUGCAGCGCCAAAUUGCUGAAGUGAAGGCCGAGGCAUUCAAGCGAUAUGAGGAAGAGUCGGCUUCGAAGCUCAAGAUCGCAAAGGAGGAACACGAGCACAGCCUCAAGGCGAAAGCUCGGCUAGCCCCAGCAAUUCAAGUGACUGCUGAUUUUAACAAGGCUCAUAAGGCUCGCCGUAUCGAAGAGUACAAAAAGGCCUCUGAAGAGCAGAAAAAAAAGAUUAUGCUUGAGCGUCUCAGCGCCCGCGUUGCCCGCGCCAAAGAGCGAUUCGAAGAAAAUCAGCGUCUUCUCCGUCAGGAAGAAGAGGAAAAGGAACGCAUUCGUCGCGCGGAGGAGGUUGAGCGCGAGCGCAAGCUCCAAAUUCAAGUAGAGGAAGAGCUUCGCCGUCAGGAAGAGGAAGAGCUUCGCCGUCAGGAAGAGGAAGAGGCUGAAGAGAGCCGCCUUUCGAAAGAAAAAGAGCUAGAGAUUUAUACACAACGUGAACGCGAGAACGAUGAAAAGCGUGUCGAGCAGCGUAGUCAGGGUCGCUUUGGUAGUGCUGGUGCUCGUGGUCUGUCUUCAAACCGCAUAGACCGCCGAGGUGACGACACCGACGAGGGUGAGUGGACCCAUGUAAACCGUAGUGCUCUCUCAAGUCGCGCUCGAGUUCAAGCACCCGAAGGUCGCUGGGAGCGACGUGGACCCCCGUCUCGCGAUAGCUUUGGCGAUCGUGACGGACAUGAGGGUGGCGGCUCUCGCCGCGUCUUUAACGGUGAUCGUGAAAGUAGUUUUCGUCUUGGGCUUGGGAGUGAUCGCGAGGAUGGCGGUUACCGCCGUACAUCUGGUGGGGAUCGUGGAGAGAGCGGUUCUCGUUUUGGAUUUGGUAAUAAUUUAGAGAUUGGUUCGCGUCGUACGUUUGGUGGAGAUCGUGAAGACAUCGCCCCGCGUCGUUCUUUGGGUGGGGACCGUGAAGAGAGCAGCUUGCGUCGUGCGUUUGGAGGCGAUCGCGAAGUAAGUGAUUCCCGUUUUGGUAAUCGUCGAGGCGGGGAUCGCGACGAUGACCGCGAUAUAUUCCGUCGAGGCAGCGAUCGCAAUAAUGACCGCGAGUCUCAUCACCGUUAUGGUGAAGACCGCUUCUUUAGCCGCUCCAAUCGUAUGCCCCGCGUCGGCGAUCGCGAGGGUUCGGCUCGUGAAACAUCACGCGCCCCCGACUCUGGCAGCUGGAGAUAG